AUUUAAUGCAUUAUAUUGAAAAGAAGUAACAUACUUUGAUUUAUUGUAAAUACAAAAUUCAUACAUUAUGAAAGAACCAGAAGUGGAUCCGAAGAAUAUUAUAAAAAGCAGAGAACUCCUUUAUAGACUUAUGAUAAGUCAACUAUUCUAUGAUGGACAUCAAACACUGGCUGUGCAAUUGUCAAAUAUAAUCCAAGCAGAACCUCCAUGUCCUCCAUCAGAUCGUUUACUUCAUUUAAUGUUAAUUGGACUAGCUCAUGAACCUGAUCGUUCUAAAAAAGAUACAAGUAAUUUAUCUUCCUUCACAUCAACUUUUGACAAUACUUUGGGGCCUGGCUUAGAUUUAGAAUUUGAAACAGAAGCUCAAACUCAAGCUCCAGAACCUGCACAAUAUGAGACUGCCUAUGUAACUUCUCAUAAAGGAAAUUGCAGAGCUGGCGCAUUUUCUGCAGAUGGUCAAUUAAUAGCAACUGGAUCAGUAGAUGCAUCAAUUAAAAUUUUAGAUGUGGAUAGAAUGUUAGCUAAAUCUGCACCAGAUGAAAUGGCACCAGGUGAUCAAACAGGUGGUCAUCCAGUUAUAAGAACACUUUAUGAUCAUUUAGAAGAAGUAACUUGUUUAGAGUUUCAUCCAAGAGAACCUAUUCUUGUGUCUGGAAGCAGAGACUUUUCUAUUAAGCUAUUUGAUUUUAGUAAAGCUAGUGUUAAAAAGGCAUUCAGAACUAUUACUGAUGCAGAUCAAAUACGAUGUUUAUCUUUCCAUCCUACUGGUGAUUUUUUAGUUGUUGGAACUAAUCAUUCAGUAGUGAGAUUAUAUGAUGUUAAUACAGCACAAUGCUUCGUCUGUAGUAUACCAAGUCAUCAACAUACUGCUGGAAUAACUAGUAUUAAAUAUUCUCCUGAUGCAAAAACUUAUGCUUCAGCAGGUAAAGAUGGAAGUAUUAAAUUAUGGGAUGGUGUAUCAAAUCGGUGUAUAAAUACCUUUGUAAAAGCACAUGAUGGCUAUGAAGUAUGUUCAGUAACAUUUACCAGAAAUGGAAAGUAUUUAUUAUCAUCAGGAAAAGAUUCUUUAAUUAAAUUAUGGGAAUUGUCUACUAGCAGAUGUUUAAUAGCAUAUACAGGUGCUGGAACUACAGGCAAACAAGAACAUAAAGCCCAAGCUAUUUUUAAUCACACUGAAGAUUAUGUAAUGUUUCCUGAUGAAGCUACAACAUCAUUAUGUGCAUGGAAUUCUCGGAAUGCAUCUAGAAAACAAUUAUUAUCAUUAGGACAUAAUGGUCCAGUAAGACUGAUUGUUCAUUCUCCAACAGCUCCAGCAUUCUUAACGUGCAGCGAUGAUUUUAGAGCAAGAUUUUGGUUUAGAAGAAUGCCAACUCAUUAAAUUGGUAUUAAAGAACAUAUCUAUUUUAAAAAAAUUUAAUAUGUUUGGUAAUAUCUUUUAUUAUAAGUAAUUAUCGUGAUAAUUAAUUAAAAUAAUAAUCAUUUAAAAUAUUAAAUAAUGAUAAUGGCGUAUGAGAAACUGUAUGAAAAGAAAACUACAUUCAACAUUUAUGUUUUUCAAUGAUCAAAUGUUCAAUUAUUAUAUCCUGAAGCGAUAAACAUUUAUUCGUAUAGUAUACGUUAAUCUGAUAUGAUCUAAUUUUAUAUCAUUGUACGUAUUCAUUAGUUUUUGAAGUAAAAAAAAGAUAUUGCUUUAUUUUGA